AUGGCGACAAACAACCGCAGCACCUGUGCUUCUUCUCAGGUAUUCUUGACAGAAGACAUAAUGAAGAUCAUCCUCCUCAGGCUGCCAACCGGUUCUAGCAUCGCCAGAUUCCGAUGCGUCUGCAGAUCGUGGCGGAUUCUCCUGUCCGAUCCCCAAUUCAUCCUCAAGAUCCUCUUCUUCUCCCCAAACAAUUCUCAAUAUAACGACCUGAACAACUCCUCCCUUCAGCAGAUUCUGAUAACAAGUGGAGUAGAUCGCGCCGCCGGCGCACCCGGCUACCGUUACUCCUUGCUCUCCUACGACACCCUCUCCUCUGCCUCCGCCGCGGCAGGGGAUUUGCCCUGUUUGGAGCCCAACACCUCUCUAACCGGGUGGCGCCCCCGAUGUCAUUCUCUGGAAUCCGGCGACCUGACCAAAUUGCUCCCUGUCUCCGCCUACCCUCCUCGGCGCAGCCUCUUUGAUCAUCAACAGAUCACCGGUUUCGGGUUCGAUCCCGAAACCAAUGACUACAAAAUCGCCAGGAUACUCUUCUUCGCCGGAGAAUGGGAUGAUUUCGAUGAUUACGAUCUUACUCCGGACGAGAGGCGAAGUACCGUGACUAUUGCUGAGGUGUAUAGCUUGAAAAAUCACUCAUGGAAGAGACUAACCGUCCCGGAUGGUCUAGUGGCGACACUCACAGAUAGGGCCAACAGUAUCGAUCCUCAUGAUCAGUGGGGCAAUGGCGAUGAUUCUCAUCGGAAACAGAGCAAGCGCCACUGUUACUGGUUCUAUGCAUGCUUUGCACAUUGCUUUACACUUUCGUUCGACAUGGUCGAAGAAGUAUUUGAGUACACCGACAUAACUCUGCCCCCGGUCCUCCGCAACGACACGUUCAUGGCUUCGAGAGGGAGUUUCAUGCUCAAGGAUUCGGUAAUUCUCGCGGUGUUUCGCGAUGGUGACGAUAACUACUCGAUGUGGUGCAUGUUGAAACACGGCGUUGUUGAUUCCUGGAUCCAGUUAUACGCCUUCAGACCGCCCGUUUUUAGCAUGGAAUUAGAGACAUGGAAGGAGGAUAGAUACAUCUGCUCGCGAGAGAGCCGUGGAUGUCAUCCGGCUUCGGACCCUAAAGAAGCAAAAGAAACCGAUGGGGUGUGGGGUUUUUCCCCUUCGACGGGAAAAUAUGGUGAUAGGAUCGAAAUUCAAGGUCGAAAGAGUCCGUUUCAAGUUUACAGAUUUACUCAGACCCAGAUUUCCCUUUCAGGUAAGUAGCUAGUGUGAUGCU